AUGCCGCCUCAAAGAACGACUAAUCAAUAUCGUGUUGUGGAGGAGGACGAACUGUAUCGGAGGAUCGAGCAUAUUAUUGGGGAUGCAAAUUUGUUUUCCGAAGAGGAUCUUUCUGACGACGUAUUUUUUGUAGCGGGAGGCGAUAGAGAGCCCGAGUUCGAUGAGGAGAAGGAGGGUGAUGAGGGAGAUGACAAGGAUAAUGACGAGAACCGGAAAUUCGAUGAAUUUGAGGGGAAUGAUGUAGGUCUCUUUACUUUUGCUGAGUAUGAUGAGGACGACAAGGACGCUGAUGCGGUCUGGGAGGCCAUUGACAAGAGGAUGGACUCGCGAAGAAAAGAUAGGAGGGAGGUGAGGCUGAAGCGGGAAAUUGAGAAGUACCGUUCUUCGAAUCAACAGAUGAGGACGAGGAUGUCAGAUGUCUUUAUCAAACCAAUCACUGCGGUAGAGUAUUUUGAGUCAGGAUUUUUUUCAAUCAUCCGUUCUAGAGCAUGGGCUGACAUCGGUUUCCGGUCAAGUAUGGAAGAUAUGUAUGUUUGUGUGGAUAAUUUUGCGCAUGAUUAUGGAUUCAAGAAUUUAAGUGGUGGGCCUAUUGCCUUCAAUGGAGUUUUCAAUGGGCAUAGGGGAAAGCAUACUGCUGAUUUUGCCUACUGUCACUUGCUGAGGAUCAUUCUUGAAGACAAAGAAUUUCCUCACGAGAUCGAGAAAGUCAUUUCUUCUACCUUCUUACAGACUGAUGCCGCCUUUGCCGAAGCAUGCUCAUUAGAUGCAGCCCUCACUUCUAGAACCACAGCAUUAGCAGCAACAAUCAUGGGGAGAUUACUAGUGGUAGCUAAUGCUGGAGAUUGUAGAGCAGUCCUAUGUCGCCGAGGGAAAGCAAUUGAGAUGUCAAGGGACCACAAGCCUGUAUGCGCCAAAGAACGGAAACAGAUCGGGGCUUUCGGAGGUUAUGCCUAUGACGAGUACCUCAAUGGGCAACUGAACGUAAUUUUAUCUCUUGGAUGCAAUUUUAUCUAUCAACUCCUAGGGAGAAUUAUCUCCACCCAGUGA